UCUGGAUCCAGAACACAACUGAGUCUGGAUUCGGUACGUCUACUGGGUGGAAAUCACCCACCUUGCGCUCCUGUGGAGUCCACACCUUACUUUGCUAUAUACCAGUUCCCUGUGACCGCAUGUGGCACGAGCAUGAUGGAGGACAGUGGAUAUGUGGUGUAUGAGAAUAGAAUGACCUCCUCGUAUGAAGUGGGGAUUGGACCGUUUGGUUCCAUCACAAGGGACAGUCACUUUGAGUUUCUCUUCCAGUGUAGGUACUCUGGAACUUCUGUUGAAGCUCUGGUUGUGGAGGUCAACUCUGUUCCUCCAUCUCCACCAGUAGCUGCUCCUGGACCUCUCAGGGUGGAGCUCACUGGUCAAUGUGUCACCAAAGGGUGUGCAGAAGGGGAUGAGGCCUACACAUCCUACUUCAGUGACGCUGAUUAUCCCGUCACAAAAGUCCUGCGAGAGCUUGUGUAUGUUGAGGUGCACAUUAUGGAGAGGUCUGACCCCAACAUUGUCCUGAUGCUGGGACGUUGUUGGGCAACAUCAACCCCCAGUCCACUCAUUCUCCCCCAGUGGGACCUUCUGAUCGAUGGGUGAGUAAUGCCAGUCUUUAUCCAGUUAGUCUGCUGGGA